AGGAAGUAGAAACAACAGAGAACAGGAUGAUGCUGAACGACAGUUGGACCAUCAUGAACAACAGCAGCUCAGAACUCGACAGCAAACGAUCGAACAAACACAAGAGAUGCUGCAGCUUCCUGUUUUGGUCUGUCGUUACACUGGUCGUCGUGGCGGUCGUCGUCACAGCAACGGUCAUCAUCCUCUACCUGAACCAGUAUCCUCUGCCCUUCUUCAGUAAAAGGGGCGGACUCUCCUCCUCGUCCCCACCUGUGAUCUCGACCAAUCCCAGAGAGUCUGGCGCCCUGGUGUCGGUGUCCCGUGUGGCAGACGGGGAGCCAAUCAGCAUCUUCCUGGACCCGAACUGUCCAGACCUCAGCGAGGGUUUCCUGCGCUGGGAGGCGCUGCAGACCUCUUUGUUGCGUGUGCUGUCCAAUCACAACACAGACGAUUGGCAGGACACGGGAUUGGUCCACAAGCUGGGUGAGGAGCUGAAGGUGUUAUCAGGCCACGCCCACAACCUGAGGCUGGAAGCUGAUUCGCUGAAAAAAGGUCAAGGAGUUCUGGACCAGCGUCUGGACGCUCUGCAGAGCGAGCAGGGCCGCGUCAUGCAGGUGCUGUCUGACAGUCACUCAGGUGUGCUGAAGCUGGUUUCAGGUUUCAGUGAUUCUCUGCUGAGCCUGCAGAGAGAGACAGAGAGUCUGAGGAGCCUCACCACCAGGGCUGUCAGGCCCAGAGACUGCAGUGAUGUUUUGGCCUCCGGUGUUUCUCAGGACGGAGUGUUUUCUGUGUUUCCGACUCACGAACCUGACGGCUUCAUGGUUUACUGCGACAUGAGCACUGACGGAGGAGGCUGGACGGUGAUCCAGAGGAGGGAGGACGGCUCCGUGAAUUUCUUCCGUGACUGGGCGGCGUACCGAGACGGGUUCGGAAAAACUACAGGAGAACACUGGCUAGGUGCAGCUGUCCAGAUCUCUGCUGGCUGGACGGAGAGAAACCAGGACAGACUGUCUGUCUGCUGA